AUGGCGAUGAACUUGCCCGAGCCCAUGUUCCUACACCCCAAACCCUCCCCCAUGGACGGCCCCUGGACUUGCGGGACCCCGAGCCCAGAGUCGGAGUCUGGGGACUGCUGCAGCUCUCCGGACAGCUCCCUGGGUCCAGCUGCAGGGAGGGGGGGGGACCAGAGCCGUGGGGGUCCGGUGCCCGCGGAGGGGAAGGCCGAGCAGCGCAUCCGGAGGCCCAUGAACGCCUUCAUGGUCUGGGCCAAAGACGAGAGGAAGAGGCUGGCCUUGCAGAACCCAGACCUCCACAACGCGGUCCUCAGCAAGAUGCUCGGACAGUCGUGGAAAUCCCUCAACGCCUGCGACAAGCGCCCUUUCGUAGAGGAGGCCGAGCGCUUGAGGGUCCAACACCUUCAGGACCAUCCCAACUACAAGUACCGCCCUCGCCGCAAAAAAACCACCAAGAAACUCAAGCGCGUAGAGCCAGGGAUCCUCCUCCACGGCUUUGCCCAGGGAGGAGUCACCGGCCUGGGCAUGGGAGACAACCUACCUCCUUCAUACGGACAUCCAGGCUCCCACUCCUCCCACCACGGCCAUCCCCACCACCUGCUGCCUUCGCUGGGACACUUCCAAGACCUUCACCACCCAGAACUGGAGAACUAUGGCCUGCCCACGCCUGAAAUGUCACCCCUGGACGUCUUGGAUGACUCUGGAGCUGGUGAUUCUGUGUUUUUCCCUCAAGAGGAAAGCGGUUGGAACAACUACCAUCAAAUCCAGCACUAUGGCCAUCGCUACGGUCAAAAUGCUCAGACGGUUAGCUUGAACGGUGGCGCUAGCUCUACGCUUAGCCCUCUGAGGAGUUCGAGGGUUGACGUCGAGUCGAGGGUGAACCAGAUUCCAAGCCACCACAUCGCCCUAAGGAAUCCCGGCAAAUGCCACGUUCCUGAUUCUUGCUCUUCCAGCUACUACGGCCAAAUGUACCCUACUAGCACAACGGCUAAUGCCAAUCCUUUUGCACCGCCAAGUCUGGGCCAGCUGUCGCCUCCGCCUGAAACCUGUUGCGCAAAUUCAAGUGUUUCAACCUUUUUGAACCCGAUCCAGCACACGGACCACGCUAGCUUGACGUGCAACAUUCCUAACCUUGCCGCUAACGAUUUCUGGUCGGAGGUGGAUCGGCACGAGUUUGACCAGUUCAUGCGCAGGAGCAGAGAGGAGGCAUACGGGCUGACGAAACUUAGUCGGAGUAGCGCCAAUGGAAGCAUGGUCAGCCGGGACGUCAAUAGCGUUAUGGCUAGUGGAAGCGGUUGUGAGGAUGCUAGUAGUCCGCUCAUUUCAGCUCUCUCUGACGCCACGAGUGCGGUUUACUACAGCGCCUGUAUCAGUGGCUGA